AACUCACAAAGUUUGCGAGAGAGAGAGAGAGAGAGGAGGAAGAAGCGAGGAGAAGGAAAAAUAGGGUCGUUUCAAUUGGGUUUCGAGAGAUGGAUCUCUCUUGUGUCUACGAAGGCGUACCAGACUGUGGGCUUCGUAAUGGAAACCGUCGGCUUACCGAUGAAGAGUGGGACAAAUAUCAAAAAGUCACCGAGGAUUCCGAGGGAUUUGACACUGUGAGAUUUCCUAAAGAAGUGGUUGAGUUUGGUAUAAUCAUGCCAAUUCUAGUAUGCGAGAAAGAUUUUGCAAGAGAAUAUGAGAUGUACAAGAAGUGUUCACAGGCAGCGCUUGACGUAUACAACCGGCGGGAGGAUACACAAUUCCAAUUUGGGAAGGUUCUUAAGACAAAUGCCCUAUUUUGUCGAUCGUGCACUUUCUACCUCACCUUCCAGGCUAGAGAUACAAUUACUCAUGUUUGUGAGAACUUCCAAGCAAAAGUGCGCAUUUUCAUGCAAGAUACACCAGAUGUGGAACUUGUCAGGCUCGAAGCUCGGAGCUCCGUCAAUCUUGUGCCCGACCCCGUCUUCGCUCAAUGGAAGCCCUCUGAACGCGUUCUCGCUCUCACUCCUGAACAGACUCAAGAGGUCCGACUACGGCUUAAUGUCGAAGUUGCUGUACCUUCAGAAUCCACUCCUGUGCCACCACCUAUUGAAUCUUUUACAGACAUGUGCUUGCACUCGAGCAUCAUGAAGGAUAUGGCCUUUCACAAGUACAGUAGACCCACUUCUAUUCAGGCUCAAGCCAUGCCAGUUGCUCUUAGUGGAAGGGAUCUUCUGGGUUUUGCAGAGACUGAUAGUGGCAAAAUUGCUGCAUUCACUAUUCCAAUGAUACAGCAUUGCUUGGCUCAGCCACUUGUUCGCCGUGGUGAUGGGCCUUUGGCAUUGGUAUUGGCUCCAACAAGAACGCUUGCCCAACAAAUAGAGAAAGAGGUUAAAGCUUUUAGCAGAUCUCUGGAGUCCUUCAAAACUGCAAUAGUUGUGCGUGGAACCAACAAUGCUGAGCAGUGGUCUGAGCUACGAGCAGGAGUGAAUAUAGUGGUUGCUACCCCCCGAAGAUUUAUUGAGCACUUACUGCAAGGGAACACUUCUCUAUCUAGAAUUUCAUAUGUUGUUUUAGAUGAGGCUGAUAGAAUGCUGGAUUUGGGUUUUCAACCACUAAUUGAAGAGGUUAUGCGUGAUCUUCCAGUAAAGCAUCAAACUUUGUUGUUUGGUAAAACCAUGCGAUGGGAUAUCGAAUCACUUGCACAGGAGUACCUGACUGACCCAGUGCGAGUACAGGUGAGAAAGGCGAGCAGCUCAACAACAAAAGAAGCCCAAUUUUUCCGCGUGGCUCUUGAGGAUGAGAAGAUUGACCAGCUCCUGUCAUUUCUUUUUGAGGAGGCCGCUAGAGCUGAAAGAUUCCGCCGCCCAUUUCGUUUGACCAUUGUUUUUGUCGUGAAGAAGAUGAGGUGUGAUGAAGUUGUAGACACAUUGGUAGCGCAAGGUUUUCAUGCAGUUGCUCUUCACGGGGGCCGCAGUCAAAGCGAAAGAGAAGCUGCACUUCGUGAAAUUAGGAAUGGCUCUGCAAAGAUUUUGGUUGCGACAGAUGUUUCUCUUGGUUUUGAUGUGACUGGAGUUGAUCUUGUUGUGAAUCUUGAUCUUCCUAAGGCCAUGGAAGACUAUGUACACCGUAUUGGAAGGACAGGAUCAAGUGGACAAGCUAUUUCAUUUUACACUUCUCGUGACAUGUUCCUUGUGGCGCAAAUAAGGCGAGUAUUCCACAGUGGUUGGCUGAAGGAUAUGACUGCUGCAUACGGAGAGGCUAAAAAGGCUGAGGACAGGAUGACUCCGUCACUGUUCAAGACAGAAGGUUUGGCCGCUGGUACUUGGGUCUUGGGAUGACUGAUGAAGUUCUAUGUUGUGUUAACAAGAUAGGAUGAUCUUUUUGAUGUUUGGCAGCUAAAAGCCAUGGCUUGUGGACCGUAGAGACCCGUAUUUAAAUUUUCUAAUUUGAACGUUUAUAAAUGUGAAAAGUUGUGAUUGAAUGUGAAUUUGGAGGCUCAAUGUGUAAAUGCAAGAAAGUUUGAGACUUAA